AGCAUUCACCGCAAUUAGUAUUGAUUGUAUCGUUCAGUUUUCAUAUUGAUUUUUUUUUUUUUGUAUUUCAACCGGAAAUGUUGAAAAUUAACAUUAUUAAUAUAAAAUGACAAAUAAAUGACGCUAUUUUGAUGCGGGGCGCAAAAAUACCAGCUUUAAUCAAGAUCAAUUGAACAAAUGCAUUGAAAAAAAUGCCCGGAUUAAUCAGAUGUAGCACUCGAUAUAGAUGGCGCGACUCAAUUCUAUCACUGCCAAAGAAAUGGUUGUCCGUAACAGGGGCUACCGACGAAUUUGGAUUCCCAGAAGAGUUGCCGAAGCUUCCAGUUCCUGAAUUGGAUGAAACAAUGACCGAGUAUUUGCGGGCACUGGAGCCAACAUUGACACAACUGCAACAUGAUCGAGUCACGAGCAUUGUUAAGCAAUUUGUAUCACCAUCCGGACUGGGACCGAAAUUGCAUCAGUAUUUGGUUGAAAAACGUGACGCUGAAGAUAAUUGGGCUUAUAACUAUUGGUUGAACGAUAUGUACAUGGACAUACGCAUUCCAACGCCAAUUAACUCAAAUCCCGGCAUGGUAUUACCUCCACGCACAUUUCAUACAAUUAACGAUGUGGCACGAUUUGCCGCUCAAGUAAUUAAUGGAAUUAUGCAGCAUAAGGAGAUCAUUGACAGCGAUCAACUUCCAAAAGAGCGUGCAGCGAAUCGUGAAAAAAAUCAGCCAUUAUGUAUGGCACAGUAUUAUCGAUUGUUGGGCUCAUGUCGCCGACCUGGAGAUCCACGUGACAGCCAAUACUUGCCAGAACCGCGCAACGAUCAGCAUGUUAUUGUUUCCUGUAGAAAUCAGAUGUACUGUGUACCUGUAAAAGCUGGCGAUCGUGGACGUUUGAGUGAAAAGGAAAUUGAAUCGCAAUUGUUGUUCAUUUUAAGCGAUGCACCGUGUGUCAGUGUAAAACCACCACCAAUUGGAUUACUUACGGCCGAACCACGAACCACUUGGGCACAUGAUCGUCAAUCAUUGUUGCAGCACCAACAAAACCAACGAAACAUUGAACUGAUUGAACAGGCAUUGGUUUUAAUUUGUUUGGACGAACCAAUUCCAACAUCGUUUAAUGGACAAGGUUUUAUUGGGGCCACCCAAAGUAUUCAUCGUGCUGGCUUAAGAGACGAAUCAAAUAUGGCACACGAAAUGAUUCACGGUGGUGGUAGUGAUUAUAACACAGGAAAUCGUUGGUUCGAUAAAACAAUGCAGAUUAUCAUCUGCAAUGAUGGAACUUGGGGUUUAUGCUACGAGCAUUCAACAUCGGAAGGAAUUGCUGUCGUAUUGUUACUUGAAAAAAUAAUGAAUCAAAUUGACAAUGCUAGUAUUAUGGACGAUGGUACAUCACAACAACAUCUACCACCGCCAGAGCGUUUGGAAUGGCAAACAACACCGGAAAUAUCGCAGAGAAUGUUCCUUGCAGCAAAAAGCGUUGAUAAGCGCAUUGCAGAUCUUGACUUUCUAGUUUAUCGCUAUGUUGGCUAUGGAAAGACCUUUAUCAAAAGCUGCAAAGUCAGUCCGGACGUGUACAUUCAACUUGCUUUACAGCUCGCCUAUUACAAGCUUUAUGGGCACUUGGUUUCCACGUAUGAAAGUGCUUCAACUCGACGAUUUCUUUUGGGUCGAGUUGAUUGUAUCCGUUCAGCCAGUACGGAAGCAUUGGAAUGGGCAAAGGCAAUGUGUCAGGGUGAAGGUGCAAAUCUUUCACUAGAAUGCGAUAAAGACGAUGACGCUGUUGAUGGAGCCAACAGAAAGGUUAAAUUUAAAAUAUACAGCAGGGAGCAUUUAUCCGAGCUUUUUCGUGCGGCCGUUUCACGACAAACCGACGUUAUGGUGAUGAACAUUUUGGGUCAUGGUGUUGAUAUUCCAUUGCUUGGCUUACGCGAAGCAUGCAAAGAACUCAACAACGGUGAACUUUGUGAACUAUUUACCGAUGAAAGCUAUCCGAUUUCACAAUGUUUCCUCUUGUCGACAAGUCAAGUUGCAUGUUCAUCAGAUAGUUUUAUGGGAUAUGGACCGGUAACGGAAAAAGGCUAUGGUUGCUCAUACAAUCCGCGGCCAGACGAAAUCGUAUUUUGUGUAUCUGCAUUUUACUCAGCUGGCAAUACGAGUGCAUCACGUUAUGCAAAAUCACUAAAAGAAUCAUUGGAUAGCAUGAAAGAUUUGCUGGAACUAUAGAUUUAUUCAAUAUUAUCACCGAUCAAAUGGCACACACACACGCACACGCCUUUGAUUGAUAUGAUAUUUUGAUUGGAAAAUUAUAUAUACAUAUAUGUUUAGCACACAGACACACACACACGCUUAGAAUUGCAUUGUGAUUUAAAAACUCAAACCCGUAGAGAGAUACAUGGCAGCUACGUUAAA